AUGGGUAUAUCGCUCUCUACUGCCAGAUGGCUUGCGCCUCUGUCAUUCGUCGUCGACUUCGCUGCCCAGAAUUAUGGCAUGCUUAGCACACCUAACAUGAAGGACAUCCACGACUCUAACCUGUCCUUCUUCUCCCCGCAGCCCUUCUUCAUUGGUGGUUUCUUCUUUCCUCAGCAGCUAUUCCAGCUCGCCUGGCUGUGGCGCCUGUACAAGGCGGACCCCAAGAAGGACCAGAUGAGCGCUGACGUUUCGACCAUGGUCGAUUUUGUGCCCUUUUAUGCCCUCGGCAACUUUUGCAUUGCCACUUGGAUGCUGUUUUGGAACAAUUCAGACCUCAAGACGUCCAAUAUUUUCGUGGUCAUCAAUACUAUCGCGCAGCUUUACUACAUUUCCAGCCGCCUUCCGAAAAUGAAUACCAAAUCCAUCGACUCUGUGCUAACUCACAUUGUCGCCAAGACCUUUGCAGGAAUCGGUGUGCUGGACCUCCUUCACAACGGUUCAGUCGCCUACUUUGUUGGACAACAGCCGUCUACGGCGGUGAAGGUACUCACAGGCGUGGGUUUCGGGCUUCUGGCGACAGUGAGUGACUGGAUAUUUGGUGGAUGUCUCGUGUACGACUUGGUUGCGUUGAGCGUGGGUCAGUCUGCGUAUGGCAAUGCCGGCUGGAGUAGACUGCUGGGUAUUUAUGCCGGUGGCACCGCAGCCAUAGUCGGGGCCAAGAAUCUCCUCAGGCCUCCAUAUGUCAGCCAAACAGAUGGCUAUCACUCAAUCUAG